AUAGAAACAUAAAAGAGGAAAAAUUAAUCAAUUGAAAACCCAUUUUUCUGGCUAACAAUGCCUACAGUCUCUGCAGAACUCGUGUACUUUACUCCGCCCCCUGACGGGUCCCGCCCAUUCACCACUAUAAAUGCUGAUCCGGCGACAGGCCAGCGUGCGCGUAAUUGGGAGCAAGAGGUGCAUACCGUCGAGAUUGAGAACGUCAGGGGCAAAGAAAGUGACUACACCUUGGAUACUGCAGGCUUUCAAUACGUCACGAAGCCCUCCAAACACAGUGCCUUUAUCAAUGACGAAGAGAUCAGAGGAGAAUACUAUCCAGAGAGCAUUGAACUUCUCAAGGACAUCACGGGGGCAAGCAAAGUCGUCCUUUUUGACCACACGGUUAGACGCCACCGCCCUGGAGACGUGGAAUCGGACGAAACAAAGCGACAGCCUGUUAAUCAAGUUCAUGUAGACCAAACUCCUGAGUCGGCUACCGCUCGUGUGCAUCGUCAUUUGCCUGUCGGCGAAGCGGAGAAGCUGGUCAAAAAGCGUUUCCAGAUCAUCAACCUUUGGCGACCCAUUUCUCACCCGGCAGUCGACCAUCCAUUGGCGUUGUGUGAUUACAGGACUGUCGACGCAAAGAAAGAUCUCGUUCCUCUCGCAUUAGUCUAUCCGGAUCGUGAGGGCGAGACUUUUGGGGUCAAAUUUAACCCGACACAUAGGUGGAAGUACCAAAGAGGUAUGAAACCGGAUGAAGUAGUCUUGAUCAAAUGCUACGAUUCGGCUAAGGGCGAUAACAUUGCUAGGUUCACCCCACAUACUGGGUUCAAGGAUCCCUCGGCACCUCAGGGAGCGCCGCUCAGGGAGUCCAUCGAGCUUAGGGCGUUGGUUUUCUAUGACUAGAGGCACCAUUGUUAUGACACCCAUAUUCGCUUGCGCCUUCAUGCUUCAUUUCACAUUUCUGCAUUUCAUUACGGAAGUGAACGUGACUGGCCCACUUUUUUAAACGAUUGUAAAUAUAAAGUUGUCAUCCUCCGCAAGUGCCUCAAUAAGUCAAGUGUUCCAUUCCGAGGUGCCCAAACUCCCUAAGAGAAACCAUAAUAUAUAUAGGUCGCGAUCAAG